AUGUCUUAUCGAGGUUCAUAUACCAGUGCUGCGAUCACCACAGCUGGCUUAGCAGGUGGGGCAUAUAUUGCAUAUCACCUGUACAAAGAAUUCCAGAAGCCCAAAUUACCAGAACAAUGGACUCAAGCUGGCACCUUGAAAAACAUGUACGCGUAUCCAAUCAAAUCUUGUGGCCCUGUCGUUAUGAAUAAGGCUGAAUGCAGUAUUUUAGGGUUGAAAAGCGGUUGGUUGAGAGACAGAGUUUUAAUGGUCGUUGAUGAUAAGAUGAAUUUUAUAACAGCAAGAGCUUAUCCAGAGUUGCUGCUUGUGCAUCCGUCUGUCAACGGCUCUGUGCUUACGCUAAACCACUGCGAUCUGGAGUCGUUAUCUGUUAACUUAGCUGAGGUGGUUGCUCUACAAGCUCCUAAAACGGCAACAGUUUGGACGGUUCCUGUACCUGUAUAUGACUGUGGAUGGGAGGCUGCAGAAUGGUUUUCACGGUUGUUAAACAGAUCAACAACUAGCUUCCGUCUAGUGUAUUAUGCUUCACAAAACAGCCGUGGCCUGAGAAGCUCAACCAAUAAGAUUUACAAAUUCACAAAGAAUGAUACGGGCGCUCUCCCAGACGAAGUACCUUUUAAUCUAAUAAACGAAGCGUCUGUUGACGAGCUGAACAGCCGCUUAGAAGACAAAGUGACCCAUCGCAAUUUCAGACCAAACUUCGUCUUAGAUGGAGCUUCACUUAAAGCGUUUGAUGAAGACAAUUGGAAGUUUGUUAAGAUAGGUGACAAUAUUUUUGAGAUCAUCAAACCUUGUACACGAUGCAUUUUGACAACUAUUGAUCCGGAAACCGGGGUACGACACACCAAAGCGGAACCUUUGGAAACCUUGAAGAGCUACCGUCAGAUAGAAAAUCCGGAGGUGCGCAAGAGUGCGGGCAAUUCACCGCGAAUGGGAAUACAAAUGGCAUUAAGAUCAGGGCCGGGUGGCUUCGUUUCUUUAAAUGAUCCUGUGUAUUUUGCAUAG